AUGACGAUAAUUGGCACACUGGCGUAUUGUAUACUCGGCACGUUACUGCUGUGUGUGGCGGCGGAAGACGAGGAGCCUCAGAUUGGUGUUGACGACAGUCUAUGGUAUCCAUACGACGAAACACUGGUGCUGAAGCCGCUGCCCAACAACGACCUGCUGGUCUCAUUCAGUUUUCAACUGCAGUCGGAACCUUUCAAUCCGGCCAUAUCAUCCAUGUCUUUCGAUGCGUAUGAACACUACACGACUUUCCCACGGGCUAUCCCACCUCUGUUGGAGUCUACCGGCACUCGUCAGUUUCAUUUAAGAUUUACCAGAGGGUUCUGGGACGCUCUGUCAUGGGGACAGUUGCCCCAUGCUGGAAAGCAGGCAGGUGCCUCAGGUGUUGAAUUAUGGUCUCAAGUACAGGCCACUGAUCAGGAACAGGCGUUUCUUAAUUGGAAGAAGCUAGCCAAUUCGUUGAGUGGGUUGUUCUGUUCUUCUUUAAACUUUAUCGAUGAGUCCAGAACGACCUUUCCUCGUCAGUCGUAUGUCUCUGAUAUAGUAUCUCCUCUUUUCAAUGACACUGAGAAGUUGUACUUGAUGCGAGCAUCUUUGCCUAAUGAGCCCAUCUGUACCGAAAAUUUGACACCGUUUAUCAAACUUUUACCCACUAGAGGCAAGUCCGGUUUGACAUCUCUCUUGGACGGUCAUAAACUAUUCGACUCUCUCUGGAACAGCAUAUCUUUGGACAUUGCCACUGUUUGUCCCGAAGAUGAAGGUUCACUGUGUCACUACGAAAUGGAGGCACACGUAGAAAUGGUAGCGCAUGUCCCCUCUGCCUUGGCAAGAAACGAGAGACCUAUCCCAAAACCGUUGGACGGCAACACCUUGCGUUGUGACACGGAGAAACCCUUCGAUUCGUACCAAUGCUUCCCUCUACCCGAGCCUUCAGAGGCGCACUUCAAACUCUCUCAACUGUUUGCCAGGCCAAUUAACAAUGGUAACCUGUUUGCUAAUAGGCCGACAAGAAUUUGUGCAGAUGUUGACGGUUCAACUUGGACUGCAUUCUUAUCGGUUAAUGAUACGAUAUUCAGCACGCAUGAUAAUUGCUUCGACUUAUCAAACGAUCAAAAUGAGAGUGAUAUCGGCUACGACUUUAUUUUAGAAUCAACAGACACCACUCGUGUCACCCCUAUAGUUCCUGUCCCUAUUCAUGUAAGCAGAUCCCUGACCGGCAAUGGCCAAGAUCGUGGGGGAAUGCGUAUUGUGUUUCAUAACGACAAAGAUACUGCUGUGAAGUUGAUUUAUUUUGAAUCGUUACCAUGGUUCAUGAGGGUCUACUUAUCUUCUUUACAAAUUACUUCUACCAUUUCUCCGCAAUUGCAAGAAAACGACGUCAUCUUAGAUAAAUACUAUUUACAAGCUGCUGAUAGACUAAGACCUGCCCACUUGGAGUUGACAAUGUUGAUCCCAGCUAAUGCCGACAUCGUCAUGACUUACCAAUUUGAUAAAGCCCUUCUGCAGUUUGCUGAAUAUCCACCAGAUGCCAACCAUGGUUUUGAAAUUGACGCAGCUGUUAUCACCGUGCUAUCUCUGGAAUCAUCAUCGGCUUUGUAUGAACUGAGAACCUCGACUCUACUGUUGUCUCUGUCCACUCCAGAUUUUAGUAUGCCGUACAACGUCAUCAUCUUAACAUCUACUAUUAUGGGGCUCAUAUUUGGUAUGCUGUACAAUUUGAUGGUGAAGAGAAUGGUCACUGUCGAAGAAGCUGAUAAGAUUACGUUUCAAUCUGGCUUAAAAUAUAAACUGUUAAAGCUGAAGGAAAAGUUCUUGAAAAAUAAAAAGACUAAGACAGACUAG